UCAACAGAAUAACACACAGGAUCAAGGUCAUGAAAAUAUCGUUUGCAUGAAAGGUCGCACUGGACCUCAAGGUCCACCAGGUCCUCGCGGUUUUCCUGGACCUGCAGGUCCCAAGGGACCUCCCGGUAGAAAAGGAAGGAAAGGAGGGCCCCAGUUAAAAAAACCACAUUUCAUCAUAAAACCUUCCUCUUUGACCGUCACGGAGAAGCAAAAUGUAAUAUUAUCUUGUAAGGCAGUUGGGUUUCCAAAGCCCAAAAUAACAUGGUAUAAAAAUGAACGAGUGAUUGAGCACGAGACGAAACAAUUUGAAGAAGGACGCCUGGAAUUAAGAAAUAUCUUUUUUGAAGAUCGCGGUCUCUAUAUCUGUAUCGCGGAGAAUAUACUGGGUAGAGUAAAAAUAUCUGCAAAUGUCACAGUACAAGUACCAACAAAAUUCAGGAUUAAACCAGAGAUAUCUGUGACAGCUUACAUAAAAUGGGACUUUACUCUAAAAUGGGACAUAUUUGGCGACCCUACACCCGUAGUAACGUGGACACGAGCGCAGAGUGAACUUCCUGUCAAUAGACAUGUCAUUUCUGGAAACAAGCUGACAAUUCUUAACACGACAAAAGACGAUUUUGGAGCUUAUCUUUGCCAAGGGCGGAAUCCGUUACAAAGUGUGAUAGGAGUGAUAUGGGUCAGGGUUGAAGAUCCAGUGAAUCCUUACAUUAUGUCAAGUCCUAAUAAAACACAAGUUCAGCACUUUGGUGAAUCUGUUCACUUAAGUUGCUCUGCGGGUGGUACUCCUUUACCGAAAAUCCAAUGGAUCAAGGACGGACGACGAGUAAUGUCAUCAGCAGAAAAUGACAGCAAUAGUUUGAUACGGAGUGAACUCGUCAUUCAUCAGUUCAAGCAGAGCGAUGCUGGGAACUACACAUGUCUAUUUUAUAAUGACAAGAAUGCUACAGCCGAAGCUAAUACAGUUUUAGGCUUAUUCAGUUGUGACAAUCCUGGUUCUCCGAUUAAUGGACAAAAGCAUGGCUCGCGCUACUGGACAGGAGAAUCUGUUUCCUUUACAUGUAUGCCGGGAUAUCGGCUCAUUGGGCCGUCCGUGAGAUUAUGUCUUCCUUCCGGUCAAUGGAGUGGAGUACAGCCGUCAUGUCACAGAGUUUGUCCCCCUCUGAAGAAACUGCAAAAUGGCUUUAUUUAUGGACAGCAAAACUGGGAAGGGGAACGUAUUUCAUUCAGUUGUAGGCCAGGCUACUGGCUAAAGGGACCAUCCGAACGUCACUGCUUGGGUAAUGGGUCAUGGACAGGAGAGAUGCCAAUUUGCACGCUUGCCUCAAACAAUUGUGGCAAUCCUGGUUCACCGAUUAAUGGACAAAAGCAUGGCUCGCGCUACUGGACAGGAGAAUCUGUUUCCUUCACAUGCAUGUCAGGAUAUCGGCUUAUCGGGUCCUCCGUGAGAUUAUGUCUUCCUUCCGGUCAAUGGAGUGGAGUACAGCCUUCAUGUCACAGAGUUUGUCCCCCACUGAGGAAACUGCAAAAUGGCUUUAUUUAUGGACAGCAAAACUGGGAAGGUGAACGCCUUUCAUUCAGUUGUAGGCCAGGCUACUGGCUAAAGGGACCAUCCGAACGUCACUGCUUGGGUAAUGGCUUAUGGACAGGGAAGAUGCCAACUUGUCAAUUUGUGGCGCCUGGCAAUACCUACGCUCUGUAUUUUCCGCGAAAAGGAACCAGCGAUUAUGUCAUCUCAAGAAAAAUGCCGAGCCUUAAUGCUCUGACAGUGUGCUUGUGGAUGAAAAUAACUGCAGGAAGCAACGGAUGCCCGCUGAGCUAUGCUGUUUCUGCUGAAGACAACGAACUGAUUCUUCAUCACUAUUCAAGGUUUUAUAUAUAUGUAGGAGGCUCAAUCAGUCGUACCUCUGUAUCAGCAAAUGAUGGCAACUGGCAUCACAUUUGUAUGACGUGGGAGAGUAGUGCUGGAUCGUGGCAAUUGUUCAAGGAUGGUCGGAUUGCCGCUUCUGGUCGCGGCCUGGCGAAAGGUCACUGUAUCCGCGGAGGUGGGCUCCUGGUAUUAGGACAAGAGCAAGACUCACUGGGAGGAAGUUUUGACGCAAGGCAAAGUUUCAUUGGUGAACUGACAGGUGUUAACGUUUGGAGUCGCGUGAUAAGAAAUAAUGAGAUCACGCGCUUGUCUCGGGCGUGCAUGACAGGGGAGGGGGACAUCCUUCAAUGGCACAACUUUAAAGCUGAUGUGCGAGGCUCAGUGCAGUUAAUUUACCCGACCUGCUAAAGUUCCAACUCCAAGGGAGAUUAACAGUAUGCGGGCGAAACCUACGUCGCGAUCCCCAGCGAUAAUGACUCCACUGUUUGUCUGUCUUUUUUUUUUCUCCUCCAUUUUAACAAAUCUAGAAGGACAUAACAUAGUUAGCUAAUUAGAUGCCCUUUAAAUGAAAUCACAAUUUUUUUCCAGAAAAAUACAAUGAUAAAAGAGAAAAGGUAUAAUCAAACCACAAAUUAGUAACAGAUAGUACACAGCCAAUGUAGGUAAAAUCUUUACUGCGUCUCCCACACGGUCAAAGUAGAACAGUAUUUAAUACUGAGAGAAGUAGAAGUGCUCUUUAAAAUAGUUUCCAAAAUACUCCCACAACAUUGCUUUAUAGGGGAAAUGUAUGUGGAGUGUUUUUAUAAGGCUUGCGAUUAAGGUGAAAGCUAUUUUUUAUGAUUUUUGUCACUAUUACUAUUUUCUGCUGCAUAUGACUGAAUAUACUUAAAAUAAUAAAAAAUAUA